UUUUGACGUCAAAACAUAAAAAUGUGAAUAAAUUGUAAUAAUGUAUAAAAUAUUUCGACAAUGAGAAAAACUAGACACAGAAAUGAAAGGUGCCGUUGCCCUAUUUACACCGGCGCUUAUCCUGUUCGUAGUAGAACGCGCUUUAACGUAACUGGAUUGAAACGUAAUUUUGCUAAAAGUAUGAAACUAUGGGAUACAAUAAAAUGUUACGUCAACGAUUGCUUGACUAUUAUGAUCGACAACUAUACGGUUACUAUGAUCGUAGUGUUGAUGCUACUCAGUCUGUUUAUACCAUUUGUUGCUAAAGCUAUUCAUGAUUCCUCGGAGACGAAAGCGUUGAGGAAAAUUGUUAAUGCUAUCACGAGAGAAGUAGCUCAAGCGCAAACCGAUUAUGAAGAGGUAGUUGGCGAAUAUAGUCUUUUCCAACACUCUAUGCAUGAUGUUGAAACCACAACUAAAAACAGUUUACAUUACUGCGAAAGUUGUCAGCGUAUGUUAAAGUCGCAAGGUGUACAGUCGGACGCAAAGAAAAAUAUCCUUCAACGCCUACUUCGAUCAAUUAAAUGCAUCCCGGAACCAAAACUUCCACGUCUAGAAUAUAAAAAGAAAAACUGAAGAAUGGAUACAAACACGAGCCAAUUUCAUCAACAAAGUUCUACACGAAUUGUAUUAGUGGUUAGGUUAAUUUCAUAAUUAAAUCAUAAAGAAGAUUAA